GGGGAGCACGCUUUAAGACAUAGAUAAUCCGCGUGAUGAGAACUUUAGGAACUUUUGUACUUUGACCAGAAGAACCAGAAGUAAUUGGCAAAUACUCAAUACAAAUAUUGCGAGAUUACUACUGAAGAAAAUAGUGAAAGGAAUAUUGCCUGAACGAUUCGAUCUGCCUCCGUGACACGUCUUGAAUUUUAUUUUCAAAGAAAUACGAAAGGAAAGGUAUCCGAUGUCAAGUGAAAGUGUUUUGAAGUUUCUCAGCGAACCAGCGACACUUGCUAGCCUUGCUGCAGUCACUGCCGGCAGUAUGAUGUACCUAGCGUCAAGACCUACCCCACUAGUGUGCCCUAUUGACCCAAACCAGCAGUCCGUCGAAGUACCUGGAGAAAAUGGAGCGAGAAGGAAUGCCUUAAGCGAGCAACUUGUUGAGCAUUUUCAUGAAAAUGUCGACACUCUUUACGAGGGUUUCAUGAGAGGCGUGAAACUGGCAGGUGAUAAACCUUGUCUUGGAUGGAGGAAUGAUUAUAAUGAGGAAUACCAGUGGCUGACUUAUAAUGAAGUCGAUGAACGGGCGCUGUGUUUUGGUUCUGGUUUACGAGAGCUUGGAGCAGAAGCUGGCCCUGAGACCUUCAUUGGCAUUUAUUCCCAAAAUAAAGUCGAGUGGGUUUUAGCUGAGCAAGGUUGCAAUCGUUUCUCCAUGGUAAUUGUUCCGCUAUACGACACACUAGGUCCUGAUGCUUGCUCAUUUAUCAUCAAUCAAGCUCGUAUUGCGAUCACUGUAUGCGAUGCCUCAAAAGUUGACACGUUACUGAAGAACGUCGAGCAGUGCAAAGAUUUAAAAUUCAUCAUCAAAAUUGGCCCCAGUGUCACUGAAGAAGAGCAAGAACGAGCCAAGAAACACGGAGUUGAAAUACUCACGUUCAACGAUGUAGAGGAAAAAGGCAGAAAAGCGAAGAAGGAGCCUGUGGUUCCCAGUCGAGAUUCGUUGGCAACCAUUUGUUACACCAGUGGAACAACUGGUGCUCCAAAAGGUGCGAUGGUCACUCACGCCAAUAUGAUAUCUGAAGUCUCGGCAAUACAGUUUAUAUUGGCCAAGUGUGGUCAUACAAUCACUAACGAAGAUGUCCACAUCUCCUAUUUACCGCUGGCUCAUAUGUAUGAACGGGCUUGUCAUCUCAUGAUGUUUUCAAAUGCAGCAAGAAUUGGUUUCUUUACAGGCAACGUGCGAAAAAUCACUGAAGAUUUGAAGGCUUUGAGACCAACAAUAUUCAUUUCAGUUCCACGACUUCUAAACAGGAUACACGACAAGGUGAUGUCUGACCUGGAGAAGAGUUCCGUCAAAAAGUUCCUUUUCAAUAUGGCGUUGUCUUCAAAAGAAAGCGAAAUAAGCAGGAAUAUCGUACGAAGAGACAGCAUGUGGGACUUUAUUGUAUUCCGAAAAAUACAGCAAACUCUGGGUGGUCGUAUUCGUUUUGUUCUUAGUGGUUCAGCUCCACUUUCUGAUCGCGUCAUGAAGUUCUUACGAGCAUCGUUUGGAUGUUUCGUAUUCGAAGGUUAUGGUCAGACUGAGACGACUGCUGGUGCAACAUUGCAGCUCAUGGGAGAUCCAACCAUAGGACAUGUUGGACCGCCUUUACCAUGUAAUAUGAUCAAACUUGUUGAUGUUCCUGAAAUGGAUUAUUUUGCCAAGGAUGGCACAGGAGAGGUGUGUUACAAAGGCCCGAAUAUUUUCAAAGGAUAUUUGUAUGAUGAGCAGAAAACCAAAGAAGCUUUUGAUGAAGAUGGCUGGCUGCACUCAGGAGACAUCGGAAUCUGGCUUCCAAAUGGAACUUUAAAAAUUGUCGACAGAAGAAAAAAUAUCUUUAAACUUUCCCAGGGUGAAUAUAUUGCCCCUGAGAAGAUUGAGGAGAUUUAUCAAUCAUGUCCAACAGUUCAUCAAGUUUUCAUUACUGGUAUCGGUACUGAGAGUUGUGUGGUCGCGAUUGUUGUCCCCGAAGUUGCGGAGUUGAACAAAACUUUCCCAGGAGACGUUGCUGAACUAUGUAACAACGAGGAAGUAAAACAACAUAUUCUCAAAGAGAUGACAUCAAACGCUAAGAAAGCUGAUUUGAAGUCUUUUGAACAGGCCAAAGCGGUCCAUCUUCAUCCAGAACCAUUUACUGUUGAAAAUGGAUACCUUACGCCGACAUUUAAGAUAAAGCGACCUGUUUUGAAGAAACUUUUCAUGGAGGAGGUGAAAGAUAUGUAUAAAGUUUUGAACUGCUAAAGCUAGUCCGUUUGAAAAGAACGAUGCAGUAAACCUUUUUAAAUAUCUUUCUAUAUCCGCAUAAUUGCCAGCCAAAUUAUGAUAAUCUGUGUUGUUGGGAAUCUAGGAGUCCCUAAUUGUGAUAUUUUUUGUCAUUGAGGAUACUUUAAUUAUAUCUUUAUUUUGAAUCAAAAUCCCAAACUUUCCCAUAGAAUUUAGUACGAAGAUUUCUGCAGAGAUCUAAUGAUCUUCAUAACUUUUAUUGAUCUUAUGAAUCCUAUGAUAUUACACGUAUAAUUUACCACUUUAAACAAUCGACUUUUGAGCAAAAUGCUCGUUUAUCAAUUAUCUGAAUAAAAGAUAA